AUGUUCUGUCUUCGAAGCUGGCUCCCCCUCCUCUUCAUCCCCACCAACGCCUCCCCCCUCUUCAUCAUCUCCUUCGUCACCCUAACCUACAUCCUCCACCGACCCUGCAUCUACUGCUCCGCCCUGCUUCUCAUCCUCUUCAUCUCCUCCUGCCACUGGUCCGACCGCUGUUUCUUCGAUCUCCGCGGCGACUGGUUCGCCCCGCGCUUCCCGGCCCCUUCAGACGCAGACUCCACAUUCCUCCAGACCGCGGCGGCGAACGACACCUCCCUCGGCGGAUAUGUUCUCGACACGCUGAACACGACGACCAAGGCCCUCGCCGGCGCUGCGGUCGAGGAGGCGCAGCGCCGGCUGCAGCCGGAGGAGUGGACGGGCAUCGGGCUGGAGUGGUUGAGGAGUUUGCUUGGACGGCGCGAGUGGACGUUGCCGUGUGUGGAUGUCAAGGUGCGGUUAUAG